AUCGUAUUUAUCCUUAUGCCAUUUACAGCCUUUAAACACCUAUAAUAAGCUAUUUUCUUAUUAAGAUUCUCGCAAAGAUCUUUUAACCAAUACCUAUAUAAGUGUAAUUAUUGACCUCGAUUUAAAUGUAAUUAAAUCGAGCAAAGAUUAUAACAUUUACAUAAAGUCCUUGCUUUAUCAUUUAUCACGUCAAUGCUAUCAGUGAAAGGCACAUAGCCUUGACAGAUGUCAAAAUCUGCGAAAUCGAGCUAACAUUAUCCGAUCAAAUUGAAAAGGUUUUCCUUAAAUGUCGUUACGUUGGUUCAUCAUGAAUGACGUAAACCUAAAUUCGCCCUAUGAAUUAUAAUUUUCAUUGAAAUUCUGAAUUUCAUCAAUAGCAUUUAUCCAAGAAUAAACCACGUGUGAUUUAUGGAUUUUAAAAGUUCAUUCACGAAAACGGUUCGACCAUCUUUAUUUGGUUGGGUUAUAAAGCGCUUUUGCAGACGGAAACUCAGCGCCAUUUUGUUCACGUCCGCUGAAUGAUGCAAGAAGCACGUUUGUUUUCUUUAUCAGUUUUAUCUCAGUGGGUUGAAAGUUUAUUGACAUAGUUACAAGGAUUCUCCAAACAAAGAAGAUAUUAGAAUACUCCAAAUGUCCGCUCCAGAAGUAGAAUAUUUGGAGACAGAAGAAGUUUACAUGCAAUUAAAUCAGUCCGAAGUAAUGGAUACCGACACCGCAGAGGAACCUGAUGAUCACUGGGAGCACAAUAGUAUAAAAACACUUCUUGACCUAUAUUUACAGAAUGUGGACAAAUUUAGAAGUCCUAAAGUAAAGAAAAAGAACGUUUGGAUUGACAUAGCGAACGGCGUCGGCAAAGGCCCGGACAGUUGCGAUAAAAAGUUUCGAAAUCUAAAACAAACUUACGUCAGAUUACUAAAAAAGCGCAACAGAAAUGAACUUGUUGUGGUCAAGUGGCCUUAUUUCGAAAUUUUCGAACAAAUCUAUAACGUAAAUGGUGAAUAUAAACCCGAAAUACAGCAACGGAUACAAGAUGGCGCCACUGAAUCUGUGACCAAAACUUUAUUGUCCAUAUCGGAGGCUACUAAAUUAGAACCAGAAUGUCCAGAAAAUGGUGAAAGCUCUAACGGCCAGAGUGAAGAAUCGAGAAGGAAGUUAAAUCGAAGACGAUAUAUGGAUUUUAGGAAGGCCACAUUAGAGAUGAGGAAUAGACAGAGAAUAGUUGAAGAAAAAUUAGAUAGGCUGAUUAAUAUAGUACAGGAAUCAAACAAUAUACAGAGGGAUAGAAAUAGACUUUUCCAGCAGUUCUUAGAUAGUUUACAACAAGACUCAUGAAUCAUUAUUUAUUUAGAUAAUUAUGUUAAAAAUUAUGUUUAGAUACUUAAGACUAAAAUGAUUUUAAUGUCACUAACUGUAAACUGCCAAAUGAGGCUGUAUGGUUUUAACUCUCAGUCUUUGUUAUUUCCUAAAAGUAAUAAACAGAUGUUCAUGAUUAUUAAUAAAAGUAUAAAAAACAAAUCAGUUUCUAAGCAUGUUAUACUUGCCAUUAGACUAGCUGUACUAAAUUUUUUUAUAUGGGUCACUGAGACCUAGUUAUGGUGGCUCUGGCCACAAUAUAAACUCAUUGAACAUACUUUAGUCUCAAAAAAAAAAACAUUAAUUUAAUAACUUUGUUUGGGACUUAUUAUUUGUAAUAAAAAGUAUUUAUAAUUAUUUAAAUGAUUUUAUUCUUACAGUCGAGCUUGAGAAAACUUGAAUAAAUAAUUUUAGUAUUAGCAAAAUUUUUUAAGUCAGGUGUGCCACUUUCAAAUACUCAUCUGGCCUCAGGUUGAAUAUAGCUAGGGCUGCCAUCCGUCCGGAAUUCCCCGGAUUUGUCCAAGUUUGAAGGAUAUCCGGGGGCCAUCCCCGUUUUUAAAAAGUGUCCCAGUGUAACCCGGACACUUCUGUUGUCAGGGGGAAUCGAUUUUUUAUUAUAAAUAAGCGAUAAAUUAUAAUAAAUCUUAGUUCAAAUUUCAAUCACAAUAACUCGCAUUCAAGAAGGCACGGCAAAUAAGUUGACGAUCACUUGUGCCUCCGCGUGUUGCGAAAAGUAUUUUUUCAGAGGUGCCCGGGAAAACCCAUAUUUUGCCCAAAUGUUCGGGAUUUUUGCCGUGUUUAUCGGGCCUCGGCAGUUUAGGUGAUGGCAGUCCCAAGUGUAGCAGUAUAAGACUAACACAAAUAGAUAUUGUUAUUGAAUUUUUGCUAUACUGUUUGCAAAUCAAUAAGGAAAUAGCAUGAUGAACUCACAAUGUACAGGUCCACGAGAGUGAAGGUCAACUUAAUUAGUUUCUACACCCAAAUUAUAAGAUUCAAUAAUAUUGAAAUAUGUUAAAUAAUCGGCAAAAUAUUUUUUUUUACCGAGAUGGGAAUUAAUAGAUACUUCAAUAAAUAAAUUGUGAAAAA